AUGGAAAAGUUUUGGCUUUUUACAUGGGCGCCAGCUUCUGGGCAUCGCACGGUGCAGGUGCGCACGGGCUCGAUCAACGCAUUGACCACGCCGACCUCGCGUCAGGACAACCACCUGUACGACGGCCAGGGCAAGGACGCGUUCAACUACUGCGUUGCGCACGAGCUGUCCAACUCAGGAGUGGACUGCGUGAAGAUGAUCGAAUUGACUGCGCUGUCCGAAUGCACGGCUAAGACGCGGAGUGGAGAUGCUUGGGCGGUGCACCCGCUUGGCUACGAGGUGGACACUGCAGACGUCGGCGACGGCGACGAUGGUUGUCGCUCGAUUGGCGCUGUGUCCAACGGCGUCACAGCUGCGCUAAGCCGCCCACAGCAGUCAAGCACGCCACCUCCUGGCUCGACUGGGCCGCUCGGGUCGCUGCCCAUGUUCGGAGGGCCAGCCCCUGGAGCGCACGCGGGUGCCGACGGGGAGCUCCCCGACGGCAGCCCGUUGGCGUCGAUUCCUGAAGGAGUUCAUGAUGGAGGGGCCAACGACCUCUUGACCGACAGCAUCGGGGCAGACGCGUUCGAUUCCACGGGGGGGCAGGGCGACAAGUCGAACGCUGUGGCCCUCCCCUACCAGACAGUCAAGACCCCAAGCGAUCCCAGUGACUCAUGCGCCCCGGCGUUGAGUGGAAAGCCGGCUGCUGCAAACUACAUCGAGGCGCUCUCCUGCAAGACUGCGAUGGCAUCGACAUCCUUAGGCUUCCUGCAUUGGCACGCGUGCCAGUAUCUCCAGAAGGUGGGGGGCGACUUGAAGGCGGACGCGCAGGUCAAGGAACUGCGCGCCCACUUGGACGUCUUCGAGAAAUGCCGGCGCUUCAACUCGAGGCACAGCAACAAGUUCACGUUCAGCGCCCUCGUCCAAACGGCCAAUGAAUUGAGGACAAUCGGCCACGACCUCCAGCAGCACUGUUGGGAAGUCCCGCGGCAGAAGCGCGCGGCGCAAUUGAGAACGGAUGCCGAGACGAGUGAUGCAGUGGAGGCGUUACUCAAGGCAUGCUACCCAGGUGAUGUUGAUGCCGACAACGGCCAGGAUGACUCAUCGCGCGCGCCAACUCCUUCACAGGUCGAGCUUCACCAUCUCAAGGGCGAGAACGAAACGGCCAUGCUGGAGAUGUUUUUCGAGACCGCCAUCGACUUAUACCUCAAUUUGUGGUCCUCGAUGCACCAGCUUGCCACUCACGCGCACGGCUUGUUGAGUACAUGCUGCAAGAAGGUGCUCAAGCUUACCCGCGCCUUCGCGGACGUCGCCUCGUCCCGCAAGGUGGCCUCUGCAGGGGCGGCUGAGGCGCACCACGCGCUCCAGGUCAUCGAUCAGCAUCGCCAGACUCUUGAGCCCCUGCUGGAUGACCUCGAUGACACCAUUGAUGUGGAUGGUUUGGAGGCCGACAGCUUCGUCGGCAUGGUAGGUAUCUCGGAAUGUUGCUACCAGAACGCGGCUAAAUGCGCGCACAGGUUCGGGAAACAUUCAACCAUGGCGAACUGCAUCGAGACACAGAUUGUGUCCAACAUCGAGCGGCACCACACCGUGCUGACUAGCUUGCCAGAUGAUGUCAACAAAUUGACGGCGCGCAAAACCAUGUCGAGUCUUGCGCAGAAAGCCGUGCGCCAGUUCCCCCUGAGACCAGCAUUGGUGGCAACAUGUGCCAAGUUAAAGUCUGGUAUAGAGUUGGCCCAGAGCAACUCCACGAUCGACACCGUCGUCGCAGGAGCGACGGCUGCAAUGGGGCAGAGUACCGAGACGUUCGAUACAUCACUAUUGGAUCGCAUCAUGGCCGAUGCCGCCAAGUGCAACGGCCUGGGUACCAACGAGGCGGUGACCAAGCUCAUUCCGCAUCUCGUGACCUGUCUCUUUCAGUUGUGCGUGGAGAGGGGCUUUGAAGAGGGCUUGGCCCAGAAGGCCGCCGAGUGCGUCAAGCAGCUCGGUGCACUGAUCGACGACACAGCGUGCCCCUGCCACCUCUGGUCAGAUUUCCUCAAGACUCUAGUCUCCAUGAGGAAACAGCUUGACAUAGCGGGGUCCACGCUGGAGGCCGCGGCCUCACCCUCCAAGGAGAUGAUGUCGAGGACCCCUGAGUUUCAGAUCUUCGUCGACUUGCAGACCACCGCUGGGCAUGAGCAGAAAUCCUUCGCCCUGCUGAAGAGCAAAAACGUUUUCACCGACCAGAUGACUGCCGUCAUUCUGCUGGCCGAGGAAGGUGGCGCCGGCGAUGGCACCCACUACAUGGACAUGGCCCCAGCACCUGCCAAGCGGAACUGGAGGGCUUCCUCCACCCACGCCGCAGAGGUCUUUAGCAACGUGAUUGCUGCGACGCUGCGCAAGCAAGUUGCCGAGAUCGAGGAGGCUCAUCGUUAG